UUCACAUUAUGCUUACUAACAAGUAACAACCCCUUCAAAAUCCUCCCUUUUAUAAACCUCUAUAUUCCUUACCAUAACCAGAAAAACCUGCCCUCUUCAUAUGACAUUUACCUUUUUUCCUCAAAUCUUCACCUCCAUUGAUUUCUUCCUUGAAAUACACAUCUUUACUUCUCACUCAAACACUUCCCCUUAAUCAAAAUUUCCCCAAAAACCUCUCAAAAAACCGAACAAAGGCGAAAGCAAAGAACAAUUCCAACCACAACUUGAAUGGUAAAGUCCAUAAGCAACACCGUUUUUUUCAUGCCUUCUUUCCCUUCCUCAAACUCUUCAUCAUCUGCGUGCUCUAUGCAACUGGCUCAAACCAUCCACUCUUUCGUCGUAUUCUUAUUCCUUUCCUCUGCUUUCGGGUCCUGCAAACAAGCCUGGUACUACCGUUGCCUCGGCCUUGACCCUUAAACUAAUCAUAUCAUCCCUACAUACACAACCCUACUGUCCUUUACAAUUUCCCAACAACGAACAUAAACAAAACUGAUAAGAUGUUCAACUCAAACAGCCAGAAGCACAAGAGUUGUACAAAGAAAGGCGGUAACUGUUUCGAGUGUCACAAGGAUAGCAGGUUCGACAACAAGCGAUUCUUGAUCAUUGUUAAUGUGUUAGGAAGUGCUGGACCAUUGAGGUUUCUAGUCAAUGAAGAAGAUCUUGUUAGUGGAGUUAUUGAAUCUUCUUUGAAAUUGUAUGCUAAGGAAGGUCGUCUCCCUGCUUUGGGUUCUGAAAAUUCUAAAUUUCUCCUCUAUUGCGCCAAUUUUGGAUCUGAUGCAUUGAGCCCAUGGGACGAGGUAGGUUCGUGUGGAGCAAGGAACUUUGUGCUAUGCAAGAAGCCAGAGCAACAACCAAAUAUGACCGAGGCAAGAUCUCAUAUCAUUUCUAGAAAGGGAUCUGGGAAUUGGAAAGCUUGGCUCAACAAAUCCUUGACCUUCAAAAUAUCAUCUCAUUGAUUGAAGAUUUUUACUGAAUUGGAUGGGUGAACGUGUGAUCGUAUACAUACAUUGAACUAUUAUUGUGACACAUAAUAUAGACGAGAUUUAUAUGAUUAAUAAGCAAAAUGUUUGAGGUACGAUGAAUGUGUAAUCGUAUGUAUCCAUAUUAUGGUACAAAAAAGUUUGUAUGAGUAUCUACUUGUAAUUUUAAUAAGGUGAGAUGAUUCUAUAUAAUGUAUAAUAAGGGUGUGAUUGAAUUAUAUAUGCUCUUACAUUUCUUAUUCA